AUGGCCGUGGACUGGACUCAACUUCCUCCAGAACUUGUAGAAUCGAUCUCCAAUAACCUCACAACCUAUGCCGAUUACCUCCGAUUCCGAGUUGUCUGCCGGAGCUGGCGAUCCUCCGUCCCCAGUACCCCAAACAACCUACCUCCACAACUUCCAUGGCUGAUGCUACCCAAAUCCCGCCACCGCCGACCCCACUCCGCCGCCUUCUUCAACCUCUCAAGCAACAAAGUAUAUCUCAUCAACCUUCCUGAAGCUUUAUCUCACGGCAAGCGUUGUUGCGGCUCUUCUCAUGGCUGGCUCGUAAUCCUCGACGAAACCCCCUCACUUCUCCUCCUCAACCCUCUGACCAGAUCCAAAUUCCACCUCCCUCCAAUCUCCACCUUCCCCAACGUCCUCCGUUUCUCUUACUCGGAAAUUGGCCGAGAAUACGCCCUCCGAUCCCCCUCCGGCGAGUCAUACACCCAAAAUCUGAGACAAAUCCGUGACUCUUUCGUCAAGAAAGUGGUCCUCUCAUCCAGCCCAAAAGAAUCCAACGGUUUCGUCGCUUUAGCCAUACUUCACGAAACAGGGGAUUUGGCAUUCUGUAAAUCCGGUGACCAAACAUGGACUUUCAUCGAAGGUGCAUCUUCUUACAGUGAGGAUGUCAUACACUAUAACUCCUCCUUUUACGCUGUGAACAAAUACGGCGUCGUUGCGGUAUGCGAUGUCGGUGGGUCAACAUCACCCAGCGUUUCGAUCAUCAUCGAAACGCCGACACAAGUGGGUGCCGAUAUGCAGUAUUUGGUGAGUUCAAAGGAUGAUUUGGUUUUGGUUUCUCGGUACUUGGAGAUUGAUUACGAUAAUUCUGAGGAGCUUUAUCGAACGGUUGGAUUCAACGUUUUCAGAUUGGAUUGGAGUGAUGAAGAUGAACCCAAGUGGGAUAAAGUUAACGACUUGGGAGAUCAAAUGUUGUUUAUUGGGAAAAAUUCGUCUUUGUCUUUAUCGGCUUCUGAUUUCCCAGGAUGUGUUGGAAAUUGCAUAUAUUUUACUGACGAUUACUCUGAGCUCAACUACGAGAGUGUAUUUGGGGAAUUUGAUUCUGGCAUUUUUUGUUUAUCUGAUGGAACCAUUGAAAGGAAAUGGAACUCCCAUUGUACUGAUUAUUGGCCUACUCCUAUUUGGGUCUCACCAAACCCUUUUUAAGCUCCAAAAUUUUAUUAUAAUUGUGUUGUGUUGUGUACAAUAAAAGACUUGUGGUGUUGUAUAACAAAUUUUGUAUUUGCAUGUAAUAAUCUUAAUUCUCUCAAUGAAUAUCUUCUUUUUGCUUUAA